ACCAAACCAUACUCAUAAAUGGGAUUGCGUUGAAGCUUUGUCUCUCUUCUCUCUGUUUCUGUCUCUGUCUCUGUCUCUCCAUUUUCAGUUCAGUUUGUUAUACUUGAAACUAAUUUCAAUCUUUGAUUCCAUCUCUCAUGGCUUUGUGCAUGAGGAAAUCACCAAAACUUAUCAACCAUCUAAAAUACAGGAUGGGUUUGUUUGAUAUGAUCACCCCCAGUUCUUGGAAUUCUACUUCAUCCCAUCAUCAAGAAUUUCCAGUUACAGCUCCAAUUGCUCAUAAUCUAGGAAACCCAGAUGCAGAUUUGAGUGUCAAAGCAACUCUUUUCUCUGCUUGUCGUUUCAAAUCAACCAAACCCGGAAAACAAUUGAAUUCUCUCAAUGAUGCUGAUGACAACAAGGUCUUGGAUUUUCCAGGAGGAAAGGUUAGACUCUCUCCUAAAAUGACAUUCAUAUCUGAAUCCCCCGAGGAGCGUACACAAUGCUACAGAGUCCUUGAUGACAAUGGUCAGCUGAUUUUGGGCAGUAAUUUAGUACAGGUCGGCGAGGAACUUGCUGUAAAAAUGUACACUGACAUGAUUACACUUCAAACCAUGGACACUCUUUUUUAUGAAGCACAAAGGCAAGGAAGAAUUUCCUUUUAUCUGACCACAAUUGGAGAGGAGGCCAUCAACAUUGCAACUGCAGCAGCUCUCACUGCUGAUGACCAUGUCUUCCCUCAGUACAGAGAGCCAGGAGUGCUAUUAUGGCGUGGUUUCACCCUUCAAGAAUUUGCAAAUCAGUGUUUUGUAAACAAAGCUGAUCAUGGAAAAGGCAGGCAGAUGCCUAUCCAUUAUGGCUCUAACAAGCACAAUUACUUUACUGUAGCAUCAACAAUUGCAACACAACUUCCCCAUGCUGUUGGUGCUGCAUAUGCUCUGAAGAUGGAUAGAAAAGAUGCAUGUGCAGUUACGUAUUUUGGUGAUGGUGGCUCAAGUGAGGGAGAUUUCCAUGCUGCUUUAAAUUUUGCGGCAGUUUUGGAGGCCCCAGUAAUAUUUAUCUGUCGAAACAACGGAUGGGCUAUCAGCACCCCUACUUCAGACCAGUUUAGAAGUGAUGGUGUAGUUGUUAGAGGUUCUGCUUAUGGAGUCCGAAGUAUUCGUGUAGAUGGUAAUGAUGCACUUGCCAUUUAUGGUGCAGUUCAUGCUGCACGUAAAAUGGCAAUAACUGAACACAGACCAAUCUUAAUCGAGGCUCUAACAUAUCGAGUGGGACAUCACUCCACGUCUGAUGAUUCCACCAAGUAUCGUCCAGUUGAUGAGAUUGAAUGGUGGAAAUUGGCACAAGACCCAGUAACUAGAUUUAGAAAUUGGAUUGAAAGCAAAGAUUGGUGGAGCAGUGAGGCUGAGUCAGAGUUCAGAAGCAGUGUGAGGCAGCAGCUACUGCAUGCAAUUCAAGUUGCAGAAAAAGCUGAGAAACCUCCAGUGGCAGACAUUUUCACAGAUGUAUAUGAUGUUCCCCCAUCCAAUCUCCACGAGCAGGAGAAACUGCUUAGAGAGACAAUCAGAAGACACCCACGGGACUACCCAUCAGAUGUUCCUGCCUAGACUUCGACGAUUCUUUUUAUAGUUGGAAUCUACUUCGAAUAAAGGUUGAAUUUUUUGUUAUCACAAACAUUGUAAUUGAAAGAUUCGACGCUUGCAGUUUCAAGGGUAAUAUGCAAUUAGCCCUCUCAAAGGUAUAUUUUAUCCAAUGUUGAUACUCCAAAGAUGUGAGCUCUUGCACAUUUUGUCCGAUAUAUGAUAGUGACACAAACAGCACAUCUUUGCAACUGAA